CCAGAACGGCGUGUGUGCCAGCAGCAACACUUAACCAGGAGCGGGGAGGCUGUGGCGGUCCAACGUUACGCUGAAUUUAGCCGGCAUUCACUGACCGGCUUCGGCGAGUUCAUGGCAUCGGAGACGCCCAGCGUGGUAAACUGACACGGCUUUUAAGCGGCAUAUUAGAAAGCUCGAUUCGUUGUAGCCUUGGCUGAUGUUUGCUAGCUAACGGCUAGCUGGCCCCGUUCUCCGCUAAGGGCUAUUGCCCCCACGACCAAGGAAGGUACGAAGUAAAGGCGGUUAAGCAGAAUCUAUGCGGUUGUGUCUUCACCACAUGGCCCUGCUCCGCAGACGACCACACCCCGGGUCACCUGUCCGGCUGACCAGAUCCCUCAGUUCACUCAGGGAACGGAGGAGCAGAGGGCUUUUAUGGAAGGCUUUUCUCGGUGUCUCUGUUGGUGUGCCUGUGGUAGUGGGUGUCCAAUACACUGUGUCAGAACCCCGAGAGAGGAGGAAGAUGAGAAUAGUAAUUGAAGGAUUCGGUCGCUUUUGCAGAUCUUUGUCAGUUGGACUCUUUAUCUCAGUGGAUUACUGGUGGACCACCAACGUGGCAUUACGUGGUUUAGAUGAGAACAGCCCAUCCUACUUGGCUGGGAUGGCAUCUUGCCACCAGAGGGCUGCAGAUUACAUGGUGGAAGGCGCUGUGAAAAACGGAGGAAUUUAUAUCAAACUCGGCCAAGGCCUGUGUUCCUUCAACCACCUCCUACCCCCAGAAUACAUCCGUACCCUGCAGGUUCUGGAGGAUAAAGCCUUGAACAGGGGAUACAAAGAGGUGGAUGCUCUCUUUCAAGAGGACUUCAACAAAACCCCCAACCAGCUAUUCAAAAAGUUUGACUAUGAACCAAUUGCUGCCGCCAGCUUAGCUCAGGUUCACAAGGCUGAACUGUCUGAUGGAACACCUGUAGCUGUGAAGGUGCAGUACAUUGACCUCAGGGAUCGGUUUGAUGGAGAUAUCAGGACCUUGGAGAUCCUCCUUGACAUUAUUAAGGUCAUGCACCCGAGCUUUGGUUUCCGAUGGGUCCUCAAGGACUUAAAAGGGACAUUGGCUCAAGAGCUGGAUUUUGAACAUGAGGCAAGGAACUCUGAGCGGUGUGCAGAGGAACUAAAACACUUCAAAUUUAUUGUUGUUCCCAAAGUCUACUGGGAGCAAACAAGUAAGAGAGUGCUGACGGCCGAGUUCUGUGAAGGUUGUAAAAUCAACAACGUGGAGGAAAUUAAAAGGCAAGGACUGAGUUUGAAAGAUGCGGCGGACAAACUGAUCCGGACAUUUGCUGAGCAAAUAUUCUACACUGGCUUCAUUCACGCCGACCCGCACCCCGGUAAUGUUCUAGUGAGACGUGGUCCUGAUGCCAAGGCAGAGUUGGUCCUCUUGGACCAUGGGCUGUAUGAAUACCUCAGUGAAAGGGAUCGAGAGUCCCUCUGUAAACUGUGGAGGUCCAUAGUCCUGAGAGAUAAGCAAGACAUGAAAGAGUAUUCCUCUGCCCUUGGGGUUAAACAGUACUUCCUCUUCUGUGAGAUGCUGCUGCAGCGACCAAUCAACAUGCGGGAACUGGGCCUGUCCAACAUCCUGAGCAGGGAGGAGACGGCCUACAUGCGGGACAUGGCCGUCCACCGCUUUGAAAGCAUCAUGCAGGUUUUAAAGGCCAUGCCCCGGCCCAUGCUGCUGGUCUUCCGCAACAUCAAUACUGUCCGGAGCAUCAACAUCACUCUGGGCACGCCAGUGGACCGUUACUUCGUUAUGGCCAAGAGUGCCGUGCGAGGCUGGGGGAAGAUCCAGGCGGAGAAGCCAGGGAUCUUACCCAGGCUGUGGGUGCUGCGCUGGAUAAGGAUGGCCUGGGAGAGUCUCAAGUUUGAGGUGGCUUUAAGAUCGGAGAUCGCGCUGAUCAGUCUGACGCGGUCGUACGUGAACCUGCUGUCUUACUUCGGCCUUUUAUCCCUGGACGCCGAGAUGUACGAGUACCUGAGAUAAGAGAAGGAGCCCGCCAUGCUCCACAUGAA